UACAGUGUGACCUUCAUUUUCAGUAUUAAUAUAAUAUUGCUUCCCCUCAUUUUUCAUCUCUCGGUUUUAAACCUUAGUAAGAUAUUGAAUAAUGGAAGACAUUACUUCAACUAAUACCCUUCAAAAGCACCUUCAAUAUAUCAUUCACAGUAGUCAAGAAUGGUGGGUUUAUGCCAUCUUUUGGCAAGCAUCAAAAGACGCUAAUGGCCGUCUCAUUUUCUCGUGGGGAGAUGGCCAUUUCCGUGGUACCAAAGACUUGUCUAAUUUGGCCAAAGUUGGUACCACUAAGGUAGACAAUAACAUUAGCGAUACCGAGUUGUUCUACAUGGUAUCAGUGCCUAAAUACUUCGUGGCCGAUAAUGAGCUCAUUGUCCGUGCUUAUAACCCCACGUCCUAUAUAUGGCUGAACAAUUAUCACGAACUGCAACUAUACAACUACGACAGAGCUAAAGAAGCUCACUUGCAUGGAAUUCGGACUCUGGUUUGUAUUCCUACUCCUAGUGGUGUUGUCGAAUUGGGGUCCUCUGAAAUUAUCCAAGAAAAUUGGGAUCUAGUCCGACUAAGUAGGUCUCUAUUUGGAUUAAGCAACAAGAAUAUUAAUACUUCAUCACCAAUUAAUCAUCAAGAUCUUUCCAGCUUUAAUUUCGUUUCGUUGGGAGAAAAUCAGAAAGUGGAAAAUGAUUCACCACAAGCAACGGACGCCAAAUUAAGGCAAGAAACAGUAAUUGGCAAUAUAUCAUUAGGAAAUUCAGACAGCUUUGAGAAUGAGUCAUCGACGAUCAACAAUAUUAUUAAUCGACCUAUAAAACGAGAACGAAAAGCCGGUUCUAGUCGCACAACAGGAACAGAAAUGGCCAAGAAUCACGUUGAGGCAGAGAGACAGAGAAGGGAAAAGCUGAAUAAUCGAUUCUAUGCACUAAGGAGCGUGGUUCCUAACGUGUCUAAAAUGGAUAGAGCUUCUUUACUGGCUGAUGCAGUUACUUAUAUUAAUGAACUCAAGGCCAAAGUUGAAGAAUUAGAGUCGAACAAAAUCCUGCCUCAGAAACCUAAGGGACAAUGUGCUACUAAUUCUGUUCAAAGCGUACCUUCCACUGUAGUUAAUCGUGCAAAUAAUUCAUUUGAAAUGGAAGUGGAAGUCAAGAUUAUAGGAUUAGAAGCGAUGGUUCGGGUCCGAUCUCCUGAUAUGAACUACCCGUGUGCGAGGUUGAUGAAUGUGCUGCGGGAGUUGGAGUUACAGGUUAACCAUGCAAGCGUUUCCAGUGUCAAGAACCUAAUGCUUCAAGAUGUUGUGCUUAGGGUUCCUAAUGAAGUGGCUAAUGAGGAAGUUCUCAAAUCUGUUAUUCUCAAAAGAUUAAGUGUUGCUAAUUAGAAUUGAUACAUUAAUGUACUUAUAAAUAUGUCAUAUCAUCAAGUUUCUUUAAGGUUGAGGACCUCGUGUUCCU